AGGAAAUAUAUGAAUCAAGGAUCUCUCCAUUGAAUUCCGAGCUAGCUAAUCUGCUUGUGGAGAUUGCACCUGUUGCACUUGAGGUUAUGCACAUAUGUUCUACAAAAUUGAUUGCUUCAAAGUCGGCAGAAGUUGGAUGCUUCAUUAAGAAGCUCCAAGAAGUCUCUCCAGAUAUUCUUAGAGGAUAUCUGUUUCUUCUACAGGAGUACAUGAUUAAUGCUAUUACUCCUAGCACCUCUACUCGAAAUAUUCAUGUCAUGAUAGAGUUUCUAUUAAUUAUUCUUACUGAUGUGCCCAAGGAUGUUAUUCGUCAUGACAAAUUGUUUGUUCUAUUGGCACGUGUUGGAGCACUUAUCAGGGAGGUAGCCACUCUCGUUCGCAACUUAGAAGAGAACUCAAUGGAUGAAGAGAAUAUGAACGAAAUAACCUGUGCAAGUCAAGAUUUACUGAAAAAUAUUGAACUUCUGAAGGAAGAUCUCAAACAUGUCUUCUUGAAAGCCCCUGCAAAGUCAUCUCAACUUUUCUUCCCCAUGAGUGAUGGACCGCUCUUCAUGACUCUUCUGCUCAGAAACUUAAAUGACUUGCUCGAUUCCAAUGCUUAUUCAGUUGCUUUGAUAAAAGAAGAAAUCAGUUGGGUGAAAGAAGACCUAAAACUUAUAAGAUCGCUCUUUGGGAAAGUUGAGCAGGAAUUGAAUAGAGAUCUCUGGGCUCGUGUUCUAGACGUGGCAUAUGAGGCGGAACAUGCCAUAAACUCAAUUCUUGACAGAGAUCAUGGUCUGUUACAGUUUAUCUUCCUACUUCCUGAUACCGUAGAAAAGAUCAAGAUUGUCAAAAAAGAGGUACAAGAGAAGAUCUCCAAGAAAACAAGUAUCAUUUUUACAAACUCUCCCAACAAGCCAGUUGAAAACAAGUCAUCAAUAGCUGGUAAAAUAAUUGUUGGAUUUGAGGAGGAGACUGAGUGGAUAAUCAGGAAGCUCACCAGCGGACCAUCUGAGGUAGAUGUCAUUUCCAUAAUCGGCAUGCCAGGGCUUGGGAAAACUACUUUGGCGUACAGAGUAUAUAAUGAAAAGUCUGUUGUUGGUCAUUUCGACAUUCGUGCUUGGUGCACAGUAGACCAGGAGCGUAAUGAGAAAAAGUUGUUGCAGAAAAUUUUCAAUGAAGUUAUUGGUUUGAAAGAAAGAGUCAGUGAGGAUGACAUAGACGAUGACGUUGCUGACAAGCUACGGAGACAACUGUUUGGAAAGAGGUACCUUAUUGUCUUGGAUGACUUGUGGGAUACUGCAACAUGGGAUGAGCUAACAAGGCCAUUAUAUGCCAUUCCAACUGAAUUUCAGAAAGGAAGCAGAGUUAUUUUAACAAGUCGAAAAAAGGAAGUGGCUUUGCAUGGAAAAUGCCACAGUGAUCCUCUUGAUCUUCGAUUGCUAAGACCAGAAGAAAGUUGGGAGUUGUUCGAGAAAAGGAUAUUCGGAGAAGAACGUUGCCCUAUUGAACUAAAGGAUGUUGGAGAAAAAAUAACCCAAAAGUGUGAUGGGCUUCCUUUGGUACUUGAUUUGACCGGCGGAGUCAUUUCAAGGAUGGAAAAGAAAGAGGCUUUGUGGCUUGAAGUUCUCAAUAAUUUGAGUUCCUUCAUUUUUAAGGAUGAAGAGGAAGUGAUGAAGGUCAUACAAUUAAGUUAUGACCAUUUAUCGGAUCACCUAAAGCCAUGCUUUUUGUACCUUGCACGGUAUCCAAAGGACACAGAUAUUAUGAUCUGUCAGUUGCAAGGUUUUUGGAGUGCUGAAACACUUGUGGAACCAAGUUAUUUGAAGAGUGUGGAAGAAGUAACGAAGGUUUAUGUGGAUGAGUUAAUUUCUAGUAGCUUG